UUCAAUGUUCUCUUUCUCAUCUUACCUUCGUCGUAAUGACGUUUCGUUACUUCGUUACGAAUCGCCCACAAAACAAACAAUUAAACUGAUAAAAUAUUCGAGUGCUACUUCAUUUAUCGUUUAUUCAUUUAAACGUAACGAAUUGGUGAGUAACAAAAACGCUUCUAUUUAUUGUUCCAAGUAUCGAGUGUAAAUAUAAAUAUACUUAUAUAAAUAGUGAAAGAAAAAUCUGAUAAAAGUAAAGUGAAAGUUAUCGUUGAUCAUUGAGAGAGAACAAGAAGAAUAAAAAAGAACAAAAUUUCGAGGAAACCAAAAUACUCGACAUGAUGAUAAUGAAAAAGUUUCUGUCCAUUUAUUCAUUGAUGAUCCUAUUUGGUAUUGUCUCAAGUGAUGAUUAUGUUCAUAAUCCGAUUCAAUAUCAAUCUCAAAGUGAUAAAGGUUCUUAUAACUUUGGCUAUGAUACUGGUCUAUCUGGUGCUCAUCAAUUUCACCAAGAAUCUAAAGAUGAUUCUGGCUUAGUUCGUGGUCGUUAUGGUUACACUGAUCCUGAUGGUAAAUUAAGAUUAGUUUAUUAUUCAUCAGGAAGUAAUGGAUUCCAAGCAUGGGGACCUGAUCUACCUCAACCUGUAUCAACCUCUUCACCUCCUCAUUCAUCAGAAUCAUCGUUAUCAUCAUCAUCAUCAUCAUCGUAUGUAUCUAAAUCAGUGGAACCAUCUAAAGCCUCUUACCAGGCCGAAGAUUCAUCCAAGGUUUCAUCACGAUUCACUUAUCCUUUAUCACCCGCUGGCAGAAUUGCUGCAAUCAAAUCAGCUAAAAUUGUCGCAAUUCCAGUUACUACAACAACAACAACGACAACACCAGCACCAGUUAAAACAGUUCAAAAGGAGGAAUAUGUCACCAAAACGCUUUACAGUCCAGCGGAAAAAUUUAGAGCUCGAUAUACGUCAGAUGAGCCAACGAAAACAGCACCAAUCAGACAACAAGUAGAAACUAAAGGAUCCAGAUCACAAAUCGUCGUUGAGCAAUCAGUCAAAUCGGCAUCGAUUAAAAGUUCUAAUCGUCCAGUUCCAAUUACUCCAGUUCAAUAUCGAGCCAAUUAUCCACCCGCUGGAAAAUACAGUCGAUGUUAUUGCGAAUAAUUGAAAGAACAACUUUUUUUCAGAGAAGAAAAAAACAUUUUCUCUCCAACUUUUUACUAAUUACAAUUAAAUCAUCAACCAGUUAAUUACUUUUACCACUUUUUAAAGUUGUUGAUGAUAAAAUUAGAUAAAUGAUGUUUUCUAAUGAAAAUAACAAACGUGAUCAAUUAGUAUUAAUAUUAAACACACACACACAAACAC